AUGACGCCAAACCUCGAUUAUGAGAGUACUGGCGAAGCUGGAAGGGCAGCCAGCCCUCGGUGGUCUAGUCAAAAUGGCAGCACCUCCAAUCCCCGAAGCGCAGCUUCAUCACACAGCCGGGGCCGCUUCACGAGGCGUGAUGCAAACGCCCGUCGGUUUCGAACACCCAGUCCGAUGAAGAAGCCUUCUCCACAAACGUAUAGGACGUGCAAUAUGCAUCACGCCAACGUUUUUGUUGACAACUUGGGCGACCUCCCGCCUGCAGUCGACAGCGAACUGCGACGAAUACUUGGAGUUACAUCAUUGGAGGAUCAUGUGAUAAAUUCGGCAGAUGAGCCACACUGCAGCGACGUAGCAGAACGGUACCGGUCUGAUUCACAACGGAAUGCACGUGAAUGCUCACUCGAGGGCGAUUGGAAGGCAAGCCUAUUUGGGCUUUUAAGGACGCUGUCGGAGCAUCAAGCGGCUGGCGGAUUGAAGUAUGGAACCCGACCCUUAAGCCAAUGGGCUCAUCGCCGGACGAUCCACUGGGACGACGAUGAUCGCGACACGCGUACGCCACGCUCAUCACAAAGUGCCCUACCCGAUUUCGAUCCGACUGAAGCUGCAAAUACUGCCGCCUCCAUUUUUAAUGCGUCUGCGCCGUCACUGCCCUCAUCUACACCAUCUGUCACACCUACUACCAGUUCAGAAGCCGCAGAUCCAUACCAUAUAUCGACACCAAAACCCGAUAUCACAGUUGCGCUUGCACAUACUGGAUUCGAAGGCCGGCAGCAGCGGCGGCUUGUUGAUCACCAGGCGGCCGCCUCAAUUCUGAGUGAUCCGCAUGCAGCUGAUAUGGGAACCCGAUUUCCAUUUUUGAUCGUGGAGGCGAAGGGCCAGAGUCUCAAUGGCAGUGUAGUAUGUGCGCAGAAUCAAGCUGCUAUCAGUGGGGCGUGUAUGCUCACGAUCCUGCGAGACCUGAGCAAUCAGGCAGACUGGAACGCUAGCUCGACUGCUGAGUGCGUGACGGGAAUGCAACAGAUUCCAGCGCUCUGCUUUUCUCUCGUAACUGCAGGUCCAACACACGAGCUAGCUGUGCACUUUUUGCAUCAUGGAGCAUUUCAUAUGUACUGUUUCAAAUCAUGUCGCACAACACUGAGUCCAGACUCGAGGAUUCUUGUACACUUUCUCCAUAAGAUUCUGCUAUGGGGCUGUGGCCGUUUCAAGGACGCCAUUGUGGAGCAGCUAGAGAAGCUUUUAAGAUGUUCAACUCUUCUGUGA